CUGCAUUUGCACGAAAAAACCGCGAGAAUUUUUGCUUGAACUUCGCACACCGCUCGCCAUUACAGUGUUUCUUUUACUGGCCGCAAUUUGAUAUUUGCGCGCAUGAUCAGUAUGAGCUUUCGCGUGAUUCCCGAGCCCUCAAUGCGUUCCGCUGACUGUCACGGAUAUCUUUUGGCCUCACCUAAAGAAGAGCCAUGGGGAGUUCAUGGGGAGUCUAUCUGGCGUGUAUCUAUGCAAAACAGGCAAAAUAUCCACGAAUUUUUGCAUUUAAAUUCGAUUUCAAACAAACCUAAAGAUACAACCAGUACAAACGCAGCGCACCUUCGAGUCAACAUUAGCCAUGUCAGUGAUUGUGACGGCUGUUUUAGAGGGUGUCCUCGGUCUUCUCUUGAAGAAAGGCAGACGAAGUCUAUCAGAAAAAUUAAAAGAUGGUGAUGUUACAAACCAACAGUUACGCAGCUGGAUCGUGAGCGAAAUCGACAAUGUCAAUUCGAAAUUGGAAGCAUUUGCAAGGAGUGACCUGAAAACAAGUGUUUCUUUCUUCAAGGAAGGACUAGUGUUUCUAAAAAAAGUAAUUAAUACUGAACAUGGUAAUCAGAGAUGUACAGAAACAGGUCCAGACGCAGUAGAAGAGGAGGCGAAAAAGCCGGGGGCCUGCCUUCGAGUAACCGAAGUCACAACAGCUGGGGUGAAAAUUCUGAAUCUUGCCGAGGAAAUGAGAGGAUUAAAUUUAACCGAUCUCAAUGACUCUGGUAAGGAAACGCUCUCAGACGCAAAGAAGAGAUUCGAUGAUGCUCGCCGGGAAGCCACAAAAGCCUUCAACAAUGAAGUUCUAUCCCCCUGUGAUCGUAUUCUUGCCAUGGCUGUCCGUUUGAUGGCAACAAUACUGGAAAAGGUGGAAAAUCCUGUAAGUGUAUUAGAGGCGUGCAGAUCGGGUCUCGAAGAACUGCACACGACAGCAAUGGUUAAAGAGAAUUUCAAAGCCGAACUCAAUAAAGCCCUCAAGGUGAAGCUUAAGAUGAAUAGUGGUGAACGCAGGGAAAUCAUUUCCUUAGUGUGUCAUAUAAAUCGCAUCAUUUACGAUGUUACACUUCUGAUGGGUAAAAACGAAGAUCUUUUUCUGUUGCCGUGUGUUGAUAUCGGAGACGAAAACGUCGAUCCGCUACGUGACGUUAGGGUAGCCAAAACGUUGCGUAAGGUCAAAAUGGGUGACUGUUCUGUGGCGUGGUCAUUUGGCCAGAUUGGCAGCAGCAUCGCUACUAACACGAAGAAACAGUUUUUAAUCGUACACGACGACGAAGUUAAGGUUUAUGACGCUAUCGGAACUUUCUUGAACUCCUUUGGUCUUCCCGGUGAUCAGGAUGAAUCCGUUCGCAACAUCAAAGCAGUAGCUACUGACAGAGCUGACAACAUGUACGUUCUAGUUCUGGUAAACGAUCUUAUAAUGGGGAUGUAUAGCAGUUUUAUUUACGUGUUCAACAAGGAAGCCUCUUUCAGAUACAAAUUUUUAGUUGAGUCUGAGUUCUUGGCUAAAACGGUGAUAUUGAGAGACAAUCACUUGCUUAUACCAGGAGUAUUUUUUCCUGCUGCGGACGUAUCAGAAACAUUGGAUGAAGAAUUGAAACAGUAUGUAGCGGUGUGUAAAAGGGAUGGAGAACGCAUUGGCGACUUUUCAGAAGAAACAACUGGAUAUAUCAAAGAUAUCACAGCUGAUGACAAUGGCAAUAUCAUGGUGCUAGGUGACUCCUCUUGUGUCUACGUCUUUGCCAAUAUCACUACCAACGACGGUGAUGAUGAACCCAAACAUGACCACCGGUUUAAUCAUCCCGUGGCUCAUUUUGUUGACAAGUUUGAAGUUGCUCCCAACGCUCUCGCCAUGGCCUUCCAUUGGACAACUGGAAACGUGAUCACUGCCUCGCAGAGCCCAGAUGGUCGAUCACAGGUGAAGCUAUACAGUAAAGAAGGCAAGCUUGAACGCAACAUUGACAUUGAGUUGGAGAAAGAAGAUUUCAUUGAGGCGGCUACAGUGACUCUGGAUGGCAGCAUCUGUGUUAAGACCAGCAGAAAGGUGCUUGUACUCUAAUGAGAAACUAGUAUACCCGUUUAUAGAAAUCUCGAGCUCAUAAUCUAAUUGCUUAAUAUGACGUUUGGACUCCCAAGUUAGCAAACCUUUAAUGUCGUGGCGGCUACGGUGACAAAAGAUGAAUCCAUCCUAAUAGCUACUCGGUAACGACAAACAAAUCGGUAAAGUACUUGAGGUGUUACAGGUAAAAAGGCUUAUAUUGUUUCCUUUUUAAUUUGAAUGUUUCUUAUUACAUCUAUGCUGCCGGUUAGGUUAUAGACUUCAAGUGUACUAGUAUAAUUGAUUAGAAAUUCACACAAAGUCUUUAUGUAUAUGUCGUAGUAUUGUAGAGAUUCAUUUAAACGGUGCAACUUUGCUUACGCAUGGCGUACGCAACCUCGAAUCGGUAGCGCGCUGCUAGCGUCUAGCCAAAACUUUUUACAAGUCUCCUUAUUUCAGUGAGACCGAACAAUAAGGCCCGUUCCAAACGCCGCUCCAUUCAUGCGCCGAACCUAACUGAUGAGUUAAGUACGGCAGA